AUGACAUUAUUCUCAUCACUCUUGAGACUUUCUUUUCAUUUAUUUGCCAGAUUUUUUACGUCAGAGAUGGGGGAAGCUCAAGACCCAAGGUGGGACGGAUACGACGAUGACGAUGGGAGUGGUGGUGAAGAAGCUCUAGCAGCAGCCGCAGGUCUUAGCUGUUUCUCAAUGCGGGGUUGUUCAGGGGAGGGGAAGCACCUUGAUGGUUGUGGUGGUGCUGGUGCUGCCCCUCACUUGGACGGCACCAACAGCACCACCGCCAUUGUUGUCUCUGAGCUCAAACAAUUGUUCCCCCGCAGCAGACGGCGAUUAUUAUUAUUCCCAGGAGUAGAAACGACCUUUUUCUUUGUCUGUUUUACCACCCUCUUUUUCUUGGCAUUCAUCAUCAACCCAGCUAUUGCCAGCCCGGUUUGGAGGGAUUCAGCCGGCAACAUGACCAUCAUGGCGACAAAGUUCACGCCCGAGGUGAUGCUCUCUGCCCCGCGGCGGUCGGCUGCUGUGCCGAACGGUAACGGGACGCUGGCGCUGUAUACCGUGUCGACGUACUCGUUUGGGGAGCAUAAGCGCAGGUCGGAGGUUAGGGUGUUGACGAUUGCGAAUGGGCAGUCGAGUGUUGUUGUGGAGGGGAGUGGUGCUUCGGAGCCGAAUUGGGUUGGGGAGGAGGAGUUUGUUUGGGUUGAGGGGGUUGGGGAGAAGGGGGAGAUGGAGAUCAAAUGGGGGGAUGUGAGGGGGAAUAAGGGGGUUGUGAAGAGGUUUGAGGGGGGGGUUGGGAAUGUGAAGGUGAGGGAGGUGGAGAGGGGGAGGAGGUGGGUUUUGGGUUUUACGGUGGUGGUUACGCCUGGGGGGGAGAUAUAUAACCCUGUGACGGAGGAGAAGGGGUUGUCGAGUGGGAGGGUGUAUGAUGGGUUGUUUGUGAGGCAUUGGGAUGCGUGGAGUUCGGAGAAUAAGAACUCGAUUAGGUAUGGGUUUUUGAGGAGGAAGGAGGAGGGAGGGUUUGAGAUUGAGGGGUUGGUGGAUGCGCUUUAUGGGACGGGGUUGAGCUCGCCGGUGCCGCCGUUUGGGGGGACGGGUGACUUUGAUGUUGGGCCGAAGGGGUUGGUGUUUGUGGCGAAGGAUCCAAAGCUGGAUCCGGCGAUGUAUACAAAGACUGAUUUGUAUUAUCUGUCGCUGAAGGAGUUGGCGCAGGAGAAGCCGAAGCUGAGGUUGGUUGAGACGCCGGGGUUGGAAGGGUAUUCACAGAGCCCGGUGUUUUCGAAUGAUGGAAACAAGAUUGCGUUUACGCGGAUGAGAAGCAAGCAGUAUGAGAGCGAUAAGACCCGUCUGCUUUUGGUCAAAGAUCUCGACGAGUUGAAGGCGGAAGAGUUCUAUGCCACUGAGGACGGCGAAGGUGGCUGGGACGCCCGUCCAGAUGCCAUCCUCUGGUCUGCCGACGACAAGACACUCUACGUCACAGCCGAACACAGAGCUCGCAACCUCAUCUUUCAGCUUCCCUCUACCCCAUGCGAAGCUGGCAAGAAGCUACCCUCUGUCAUUCCGACAACCGACGGCUCUGUCAGCGAUGUGCGCCUCCUCAGCACCACCGUCUCGGCCCACUCUCCUGUGGCCGGCAGGUUAUUCGUAACUUCCACUUCUUUGGUGGACAACUCCUGCUACAGCAUUGUCAAUCCCUCUCAAAGCACGUUCCACAUAGUUUCCUCCAACUCCAAGCAAGGGAAAUCCUUCGGUCUCUCUCGGCUAAGCGUUGACGACAUCACCUUCAAAGGUGCUGGCGACUAUGAUGUCCAUGCAUUGGUCAUGAGACCGUCCAACUUCGACCCCAAGAAGAAGUACCCCCUCUGCUUCUUGAUCCACGGCGGCCCGCAAGGCGCCUGGGCUGACUCUUGGUCGACACGCUGGAACCCAGCUGUUUUUGCCGAGCAAGGCUACGUCGUUGUCAGUCCCAACCCCACAGGCUCAACGGGAUACGGCAUGGCGCUACAAAACGGAAUCAAGGGAGACUGGGGCGGCAAGCCAUACAAUGACCUAGUCAACGCCUUCGAGUACAUCCAAGACAAUCUGGACUACGUGGACACCGACAGAGCGGUGGCACUGGGUGCCAGUUACGGCGGCUACAUGAUCAACUGGAUCCAAGGCCACCCCCUCGGCCGCAAGUUCAAGGCGCUCGUCUGCCACGAUGGAGUGUUCUCCACCUCAAACCAGUGGUCAACUGAGGAGCUGUUUUUCCCCAUCCACGACUUUGAGGGGACCAUCUACGAGAACAAGGAGGGGUACCAAAAGUGGGAUCCGGCGAACCAUUUGAACGAGUGGGCCACGCCUGAGUUGAUCAUCCACAGCGAGCUGGACUACCGUCUUCCUGUUACGGAGGGGCUGGCGGCGUUCAAUGUCUUGCAGGCGAAGAAGGUGCCGAGUAGGUUGUUGGUGUUUCCUGAUGAGAAUCACUGGGUGCUCAAACCUGAGAACUCGCUUGUUUGGCACAAGACUGUGCUGGGCUGGAUUAACAAGUAUUCUGGGAUUGAAGAUGACGCUGGGGCGCAGGUCCAGGCUCUCCAAGCCAAUGUGACCAAGCGGGAGACUGAGCGGUUGGACAAGGAAACCUUUGCGAACUUGGUGAGCAAGUUGGCGUUGUGA